GGGGGCGGUGUCGGAGGUUCUGGGCUCCCGGGCCGGCGAGCGGGCCGCGCUUUCCCAAACCUGGGGGUUCAGAGCCUCUGCUAGGCCGACGUCUCUUGGCCCGGGCCACGCUGGGAGCGACGGGGCCAUGGCCUACUCACUCGCCGCCGCCGUCGCGAGGCGGAACCUCGGGUGCAUUCCCCGGCCUCUUCUCCGCCGCGGCUACCAGACCGAGCGAGGCGUCUACGGCUACCGGCCGAAGCAGCGGGAAAACGGGGAGCCCCGGGGAGGCCCGGCGCGCCCUGCAGUUGAUCAUGGUCUUGCGCGUUUGGUCACAGCAUACUGUGAACAUGGUCAUAAAGCUGCCAAAAUCAAUCCCCUUUUUGCUGGUCAAGCUGUAAUGGAGAAUGUACCUGAAAUCCAAACUCUUGUUGAGACUCUUCAGGGACCGUUCAAUACCACAGGAUUACUAAGCAUGGGGAAGGAGGAAGCCUCUUUGGAAGAAGUGUUGGCUUACCUUAACCACAUCUACUGUGGGCAGAUUUCUAUUGAAACAACCCAGCUGCAGACUCAGGAGGAAAAAGAUUGGUUUGCAAGUAGAUUUGAGGAAUUAAAAAAGGAGACAUUCACUACAGAAGAGAGAAAACAUCUGUCCCGGCUAAUGCUGGAAUCUCAGGAGUUUGACCAUUUUUUGGCCACCAAAUUUGCCACAGUAAAGCGAUAUGGUGGUGAAGGGGCAGAAAGCAUGAUGGGUUUUUUCCAUGAGUUGUUAAAGAUGGCAGCCUACAGUAGUGUGACAGAUGUCAUCAUUGGGAUGCCCCAUCGAGGGAGGCUUAAUUUAUUGACUGGCCUUCUACAGUUCCCACCAGAGCUGAUGUUCCGUAAGAUGCGUGGCUUAAGUGAAUUUCCAGAGAGCAUCUCUGCUACUGGAGAUGUCCUUUCUCAUUUGACCUCUUCUGUGGACCUUGAUUUUGGAUCUCAUCGACCUCUUCAUGUUACAAUGCUGCCCAAUCCCUCUCACCUUGAAGCUGUCAACCCUGUUGCUGUUGGUAAAACUCGUGGGAGACAGCAGUCCCAAUUAGAUGGUGACUACUCUACAGACAGCUCUGCUCAGCCAGGGGACAAAGUCAUGUGUCUGCAGGUUCAUGGUGAUGCUUCUUUCUGUGGUCAAGGGAUUGUUCCUGAAACGUUUACGCUUUCUAAUCUCCCACAUUUCAGAAUUGGUGGAAGUAUACAUCUAAUUGUUAAUAACCAGCUGGGUUAUACCACUCCAGCAGAAAGAGGAAGGUCUUCCUUGUAUUGUAGUGACAUUGGUAAAAUUGUUGGCUGUGCUGUCAUCCACGUCAAUGGAGAUGACCCUGAGGAAGUGGUCCAUGCCACCCGCCUGGCUGUGGAAUACCAGCGCCAGUUUCGCAAGGAUGUAAUUGUUGAUUUGCUGUGCUACCGGCAGUGGGGUCACAAUGAGUUGGAUGAACCUUUCUUCACCAAUCCCAUGAUGUAUAAGAUCAUUAGAUCACGAAAGAGCAUCCCAGACACCUAUGCAGAAAGCCUUAUUGCCCAUGGACUCAUGACCCAGGAUGAAGUGUCUGAAAUAAAGACCUCUUAUUACUCUAAGCUGAGUGACCAUCUGGCUAAUAUGACACUUUACAGCCCACCUGCAACUAACCUGCAAGCCCACUGGAGGGGCCUAGUGGAACCUUCUGCCAGGAUCACCACCUGGGACACUGGUGUACCCAUUGAUCUGCUGAGAUUUGUUGGAGGAAAGUCUGUGGAAGUACCUGAGGAACUUCAGAUGCAUAGUCACCUUCUAAAGACCUAUGUUCAGUCCAGGAUAGAGAAAAUAAAGGAAGGAACAAAGUUAGACUGGGCCACUGCAGAAGCUCUGGCCUUGGGCUCUUUACUUGCUCAAGGUUUUAAUGUCCGUCUAAGUGGGCAAGAUGUUGGUCGUGGAACCUUCAGCCAGAGGCAUGCAAUGAUUGUUUGCCAGAAAACAGAUGACACAUAUAUCCCUCUGAACCACAUGGAUCCUGAUCAGAAGGGUUUCCUAGAAGUAAGCAAUAGUCCUCUGUCAGAAGAGGCGGUACUGGGAUUUGAAUAUGGAAUGAGCAUUGAAAGCCCCAAGUUACUGCCCAUCUGGGAGGCUCAGUUUGGUGAUUUCUUCAAUGGAGCCCAGAUUAUAUUUGACACAUUCAUCUCUGGAGGUGAAUCCAAGUGGCUUCUUCAGAGUGGCAUUGUAAUUCUCCUUCCACAUGGUUAUGAUGGGGCUGGACCAGACCAUUCUUCCUGUAGAAUGGAGCGUUUCCUACAGAUGUGUGACAGUGUGGAAGAAGGCGUGGAUGGAGAUAAUGUCAACAUGUUUGUGGUGCACCCGACUACCCCAGCCCAAUAUUUCCACUUGCUCCGAAGACAGAUGAUUCGAAACUUCAGGAAACCCCUCAUUGUUGCUUCUCCAAAAAUGCUACUCAGAUUCCCUGCAGCUGUUUCGAGUUUUCAAGAAAUGGCACCAAGGACAACAUUCAGACCUGUCAUUGGUGAUUCUUCUGUAGAUCCUAAAAAUGUUAAGAGUGUAGUCUUCUGCUCAGGUAAACAUUUCUAUGCUUUGGUGAAGCAAAGAGAAACUUUAGGGAAGAAGAAAGAUGACUCUGCUAUCAUCCGAAUAGAAGAACUCUGCCCUUUCCCACUGGAAGCAUUACAGCAAGAGUUGAGCAAAUACAAAAAUGCCAAAGAUUUUAUUUGGAGUCAAGAAGAGCCACAGAAUAUGGGUCCAUGGUUUUUUAUCUCCCCAAGAUUUGAAAAACAGCUAGCAUGCAAGCUCCGUCUGGUGAGCCGACCUCCUUUACCAGCACCAGCUGUAGGAAUUGGAACCAUACACCUGCAGCAGCAGGAAGAGAUCCUCACCAAGACCUUUGCUUGAGGCCUUUCUCUGAAGAAAUGCUACUUCCUUUCAGAAACUGCCUUAAAAAGGCCUUUGCUCCUAAUUCAAGCUCGAGCUCCCAGGUUGUCAUUCUCUGAGAAGUGGGACCUUACAAGGGCAGAUGAUUGUCAACAGAGACAACAGGAUGGAGAGGCUUGCAUACACACUUUUUUUGAAUACUUAAUUUGUUUACAAUGGCUAUUCUGUUUUGGCCAGGGGUACACUGUUGAAGCAAGGUAGAGAAUUGAGGCCUUUUUCCCGAUUGUCCUCCAAACUACUUUUAUCCUAGUUUUCUGAGUAUGAAUAUGCAAAGGAUCUGUGAUUUCAUCAGCAUUCCAGUUUGGAAAUUUUUUCCACCAACACAGAUCAUAACAGAUUAAGUCUGUGACUUAACAGAGAAAUACUGGGCAGUUACUUGAGAUAUGUAGGGUGUUCCCAAAGUCUAAGUGCAGUUUUAAGCUUCAAUAGCUUAAACUAUUAAGCUUUAAUAACUUAAAACUGUUCCCAGACUUUUGGGACACCUUGUGUAGUAUUUCAUGUAUUGAUUAGGUGAUCUGAUCAGGACCGCAGCCAAUAAGUUUUAGAGACAGCAUUUGAACUCUAGUCUUCCUGAUUGCAAAGUCAGUACUCUGUCCUCAACACCAAGCAGCCUCUACAGUUUUCUAGAUUUUACAAACAAAAUGUUUUUGUGUUUGAGUUACAGUUGUAUAUUAUCUCAGUUCUCCAUCUCACUUGUUAUUGUAGGCCUAGCUAAGUUUCAUUGCUUUUUGCCUUUCUUCCUUCCCACAAUUCUUCUAAAUAUCAAUAACUUUGGAUUUCAGUACAUGCUAGAAUCUGGGAUGUUUUCAGUUAAAGCUGUUUUUAAAAAUGUUUCACCAAGUGCUUCAGAAAAGCUAGGUUGUUCCUAAUUUAUGUUCUUAAAGAUUGGGGUGCCUUACUUGUCCAGCUGUAAUUAUCCUUUUUAAUUAAAGAGUUUGUGAUCUGUAAACUACAGUAAUUUUGCUUUUCAGAUAGGUGAUGUUUGGGUGCUUGCAUGAAAAUGACCUGUAGCCUCUUAUCAGAGCAUCCUUUCUCUUUCAAAUUACUUUUACAAAUAGUAACUAUAACCUUUGGAGAACUGCUAAGAUUUCAGUGCUCUGGCUAUUACCUUUAGGAGCCAUUCAUGAGAGAAUGGUGACUAUUUGGGGAUGUAUAAGGAGCACUAUCUUCUUUGAUAGGGGAAACUUCCUGAUCCAAGAUUCUCAGGUACUAUUAGAGGUCAGUGUCCUCACUGAAAAAUUCUGAAAUAUCUUGUACUACAGGCAUAACUAAGUAGGUUCAGUUCAGACACACCCAUUUCAUAAUAGGAAGUUUCCACUGCUUAGUACCUGUACUUUUAUUGCUGUUAUCCCCAGCAAGGGUACCCCAGAGGUACUAGAAAGGUGGCAUGGACCUAUCCCAUAGGUACUUUUUUUUGCAUAUAAUUGGUACAGGUUGUUUAUGUGUAUUAACUUUGCCUGCUUUGGCAACAGGUUUAUCACUAAUUGUUAUUUGCAACAUACAGUAAGUAUGUGUAUUGAUUUAAAGUAUUAUAUACAAUAGUAGUACUGAUUUUCUUUUUAUUCAUUUACUCCUUAAUGUUCCUUCUUUGUGUAAAGAUGUAACUGUGCCAGUCAUAAAAUUUCAAAGGUCAGUGUAAGGUGAGACUUGUUAUUACUGAGUUCCAAUUUUAACUGGAGAAAAUUAAAGCUGUAAAACCAUCUUAUCUUUUCAAACCUCUGCAGUUUUUGAGCAAAAGGGAAUGCUUAUUUAAACUAUAAACAUGACCAGAUUAAGCCACCUUCUUAAUCAGCUUUCCCAACUUUUAAUUUUACAAAAUAAUCAACUCCUCUUCAUUUCACUCCUCUAUAAUUUCAACUAUGAAACAGAAAAACUGAGUUUUUCUGUUGUCAUCUUGACCUUGCUCACUUCCAAAUAUAUUUGGGAUGUCCAUGCAAGAAAGAAAUGUCCAAAGAGUUUCAAAUAAAAUGUUUCUUGUUAAUUAAGCAUUUAUUCCAUUUUCCUCCUAGAUAUGGGAAGACUUUUUAAAUAAUUCUAAAAUGCUUAAAAUAUAAUCUGUCUCACAUA